AUGGCCGAAGGGAUAUCAAAUUAUGGAAGAGAAAGUGUGCCAUGUCCCCUUUUAAGGCACUCAUGCACCUACCUGUCAGUCUCAGCCCUGCGACUGAAUGCAGAAUUAGAAGCAAAAACAGAAAAGCUGGUGCGUCAAGCUGAAGAAGUAAUGAAAAGCCAACAGGAGAUACUGUCUAGACCAGUUUCAGUACAAACUGAGCCAUGCGAAGCUGACAGACAGAGAGAUUCACUCUAUCUUGAGGCUUCUUUUACACACUCACAUGUCAAGCCACCAAACAAGAAGAAAUGUGGUUCCAUGCCCAUGGCACAGAACAGACCGUACUCUGCAAGUCGAGAAAAAAGACCAUCUUCAAGUUCAAAAAAAGGAAACACAGAAAUACAAAAUGCUGAUGAUGUUGCAGUACUAGAGGAGUGUGCAGAUUUUUCUCUAGCAAAAACAAUAAGCAGGAUUGAAGAAAAGCUAGAGAAAGGAGACUUGCCAGAUUGUCUAGAUGAUGAUAUUAUUCCAAGUGUUGGAAGUGAAAUUGGAGCAGAAGCUCAAAUCAGAUUUCUUAAGGCAAAGUUACGUGUUAUGCAGGAAGAGCUGGAUAGUGUAGUGUGUGAAUGCAGGAAAAAGGAUGAUGAAAAUCAGAAUGUAAAAUCUCAGCUUAAAGAUACUGAGGAAGAGAACACUAGAUUGCAACGAACAAUCAAUAUGCAGCAGUCUCAGAUUGAAAAGUACAAAAUGCUGUCACAAGAAGCAAACAAAAAAAGUGAAGGAUUACAACAGGAGGUCACAGCACUAGAAAAGGAAUUAGAGAAUCUAAAGCGUGUACAAAAGCAGGCCUCAACCAGUCAGAGUGCAACAGAAGUUCGCUUAAAUAGGGCCAUGGAAGAAGCAGAAAGGUAUAAAGUAGAGCUGAAUAAACUGAAGCAAAGUAACAAGGAUGCAGCUAACCAAGAACUCAAAACAAUUGAAGAAUUAAAAACAGAAAACAAGAAACUGCAGAAACAAAAAGGAGAGCUAAUGACAGGUUUUAAGAAGCAGUUAAAGUUAAUUGAUAUUUUAAAGAGACAAAAGAUGCACAUUGAAGCUGCCAAGAUGCUUUCUUUUACCGAAGAGGAAUUCAUGAAAGCUCUGGACUGGGGAAAUUCUUGAUUCAAUGAAAAAGCAAUUUCUGCUUGAAAUACAAGUAUUUUGGAACUGUAGAUAAGUACCCACUAUUAAUUAUACCUAUAUUUGGUUGAUUUUGCUUAUGUUGAAAUUGUUUAACUUGUAAAAGCCUUGAUAGUUUAUACUGAGUUGUAAUAUCCUAUGAAAUCUAAAUCUCUACUGAAGUGGUCCUGAAAUUGUCCAUUCUGUACUGAGCAGACAAUCACAGAACAUGCAAGGAAUAUUCCAACAAGUAAACUGUGGUACCAGUUUUUUCUGUUUCAGUAUUUAAAAACUGCCUUAGAGAAGGUGACAUUCAGGCCAAAGAGAAGGCUGUGUUUAAUCUCAAAAAAAUUUUCAAUGCAACAGGAAGAAAGGAACCUGUGAUCCAUUUCAGAAGAAAAUGUAACAUCCUUUUAACAAUAAAUGUUUUGAAAAUAACUGGUAUUGCCUAUUUUCUGCAGAUUCCCCCCCGCCCAAGCUAAUCACACUGGCAAUCUAGUGUAAGCAAGGACAGCUCUUGUCUAGAAACGCUGAUGAUUUGCUUUAGCAAUUACAUCUUAUACCCUGGUUGGCAAAACCACGUGAGACUUGCCCUUCAAUCUCCCAAGUAGGCGCCCUAAUUCAAAGUAGUUGUGUUGUUUAAAACUGCUGUUUUCUUUAGUCAUGAUGAGAAGCUGGGCUCUUUCCCCAGCCAUCAGAUACUGCUUCGGGAUACAGUCUCGAGUGAUGGCUGUGUUUUUCCAGGUGCUGUACAGGUAGUACCUCCUUAAAGACCUGAUAACAGUGUCAUCAUAAUCAAGAACUAGAUAAAAGCUUGAGUGUAGAUGAGCUGAACAUACUGUGCGUACAUUAAUGGACAAAAGCUGUUGAAGUGUGUUCAUUGCAUGAAUCCCUGUCAUAUCUCAGCUAUUUCAACUGAUUUCUCCCUUGGAGUAAUUUAAUAGGAACAUGAAACAUAAGCGACAGGUUUAUCACUGAAAGAAGGGGAGCAAACAAUGAUUCUGACCUCAGAAUGAAAACUGUUUACACUUAGACCCUGCUAGAUGCAAAGGAACACGACUAGCAGUGAAACAAUCAACUCAGAUCUGCCAUUUCAGAUGGGACAAUUUGCAUUUAUAUUAGUAUUUUAACAGUUUACACCAAUAGUAGAUAAAUCUUCAAAUUAAAAAUAGAAAUAGUGCUUUAAGAUAAUCAUAUAGUCCAUACUGAGACAGACAUCUGAAUUUACACUAGCUUAAGUUUCUGUAAAGUUGCUGGAGAAAGAAACUUUAAAAAAAAUUGCUGCCAUACUAACCUCAUUGUCUUACGUAAAGUGAUAGAGAAAUCCAUAACAAAUAGUUUAUUGAUGGAAAAAAAUACAACAUACACUUAAAGAGAACUAGCUGCUCAUCAGUUUAGAACUCCAGUCUUAAAAUGGAGACCCUUUUUACAACAUUAAGAAGGAACUCCUCACUGCUAACAGCAAAUGGAAAUUUUCAUUAGAAAUCAGAAGACAUCUAGUGGCAAACCAGAGGAUGAGAUUGGGG